CCGAAGUGAAGAAUCCGAACAAUGCUAUUGUUCUUUGUGAGUGGCGUUUUCUUAGCUUGGCAUUUAUUGACUCUUUCUUAUCAACCUAGUACUCUAUUCUGUACUUGUGUCAACUUCAAUAAUUCAACGCGACCAACAAUUCUAUUCUUAAGCCAAGGCAAAGGAUUCCCAUUCUGUGAUCUUGCCAUUCAAUUAUAUGUUCUCUCUACUAAAUUGCCUGGUGCUUUUACAAUCUAGACUCGCGAUAGGUAUCAGUCAAAAAUAAAGGGGUCAUAUCCUUGAGUCUUGUACGCCACCAAAGCCGCCUCAUAUGCAGGUGCUAGUACCCGAAGAUAAC